UAAUCAUUUUUAGAGUGAAUCAAAAUAUUCUUCAGGGUCAUGGAAAAAGUAAAAAAUUUAUCUGGAAAUCAGAGAAAAGUCAGGGAAAAAGAAAAUUCAAUUUUUGUGGCAACCCUGAUCUUUUUUCCAAACUUACAUGGAGUAGAAGAGGAAAUAAUUUUUUUUAUUACUGUCGUAAGCACGUGUGAUUUAGAAAUGAAAUUUUUAGAAGUCAAUUAUUUUUUUUUAAAUUUAGAAAGAAAGUUUUUUUUUCUCAAGUAUAUUUGUUCGAUUUUUUUUAUUUUUUUGGCAAUUUGUGAAUGUUCGAGAUUAUAGAGGAGCAAUAAAGAUCAAGUGGCUCGAAGAAGAGAACAAUAUUAUGUGGAAUUACACGACAUGCCAGUGCUGUUUACAAAAAUUCCCUCAUCAUUUGGAUGUACGUAUUUAAUUCGAUUUCUAAAAUAAGUGAUUAAAAUGGGACGUGGGACGAAUUGUCCGACACCUAAUUAAUUGAAAUUCAUACAUAUAAUCAAAUAUUAGGUUUUUAAGAUGUCUGAUAGCAAAUUGAAUAUGUAAACUUAAGGUGUGUGCUGAUUGUAGCAUCGUUGCCAUCGCAUUGUCGCGUCAGGCGGAGAGGGUUGCCACUCUGUAAGUGAAAUCAAAAAAAUAUCUAUUUCUAUAGAAAUUAUUUCGUUAAUUCUGGUUAAGAAAAUAAAAGAAAUCAACAUAAAAUCUUAAGACCAAGGUUAUUUUUUUUUUAAAUUGUAUAUUAAUAACGAGAUUCAAUUACUCUACCCCAUACCAGAACUACUGGCCAUUAGCUCUUCGUAAACGUUCUCAAUGGCAAUAACGAGAGACUUGACGCAAUGGUGCAUAUUAUUUUUCGCAUGGACCUGGGAGAAUGCCCCCAGAUUCACGACUUGGCCCUUCGGGCUGACUUCGAGGCUGCUCAAAAGAAGAAGGAUCACUUUUACGACAUUGACGCGAUGGAGCAUCUACAAAAUUUCAUUGCCGACUGCGACCGUCGUACGGAGCAGGCAAAACAAAGACUGGCCGAAACUCAAGAGGAAUUAAGCGCUGAGGUAGCAGCGAAAGCAAAUAGUGUUCACGUACUGGCUGAAGAGAUUGGUAAAAAAUUGGCAAAGGCAGAGCAAUUGGGCGAAGAGGGUUUCGUUGAAGAAUCAAUGAAAUUGAUGGGCGAGAUCGAUGAAUUGCGUAAAAAGAAAAAUGAAGCCGAACAGGAAUAUCGAAAUAGCAUGCCAGCUUCAAGUUAUCAACAGCAAAAGCUCCGUGUUUGCGAAGUGUGCAGUGCCUAUCUUGGUAUUCAUGACAACGAUAGACGACUGGCAGAUCAUUUCGGUGGUAAAUUACAUUUAGGAUUUAUCAAAAUUCGUGAGAAAUUGGCUGACCUUGAGAAAACGGUUGAGGAUAGACGUAAAGAGAAACGAGAUUCAAUGAAUGACAGAGAUAGGACAAGAGAUCGUGAUAGGGACAGGGGUCGUGACAGAGACAGGGAUCGUGAUCGUGAUCGUGACAGAUCCGACAGGAGUCGUUCAAGAUACAGGGACAGAGAGCGUGAUCGCGAUCGAGAUCGUGAUCGUGAUCGUAGAGACAAAGACAGAAGGAGAUCCCGAUCACGUAGUCGCAGUCGAGGAAAAAGAUCGCGACGUUCACGCAGUGGAAGCCGAAAUCGACGAUCACGUUCACGACGAAGUGGAUCAAACGAUAGAAAGAAGUAAGAAAAUUAUUGACAGCAUUAAAGGGGUCAAAUUCAUGUGCAGUAUAAAUCGCACUCUGAAAAUAAGAAAAAAAAUAUACUAGCUACAAUUUUUACACAUCACCAGUUAAUUUCUCUCAAACGUCAAUUUUUCAUUUUUUUUUCGCAAACAUGUGACAAAAUAGAUAUUUCAUACUGAGAAUAGAAAGCUUAAGCAAAUGGCUAAUCGUUGUAAUUGAUUUUCAUAUGGAAUGGAUAAAUUUAUUGAUCUUAUAUAAAUAGAUAUAUAUCUAGAAUUAGUAAUUUAAGAAAAUUAUUAUACACCGUCUUUGACUACCGUUUUGAAUUUGUUAGUGAAUGAGGGAAAUUUACAAAAUAAACACUGCUGUUUAUACAUGGACAAAAAACAACAGGUAAUUUUAAUUAAUUUGCGUUUCUCAUUAUUUUCUAAAUUAAAAUUUCAUAUUUAUAGAAAUAAUAAUUGUAUAAUGUACCAGGAGAAGCAAAUAAAAUACACAUGUGUUUAAA